GCUCCGGGGCCCACCUCUGAGGUCGCCGCCUGCAGCGUUCUAGGCUGGGCCCCGCGCCGAGCCCACGGCUUAGGGCGCCGGAUCACCAUGCCCAGUGACACACUCUGGGAAAUUGCAAAAGCUGAAGUGGAAAAAAAAGGAAGUAAUGGCAAAGAAGGUGAUGGAGUUGAAAUUGGAGAAAAAUCUGUUUUCUUCAUUGGCAGUAAAAACGGGGGAAAGACUACUAUUAUUCUACGGUGUCUUGACAGGGAUGAGCCACCAAGACCAACCUUAGCUUUGGAAUAUACAUAUGGAAGAAGAGCAAAAGGGCAUAACACACCCAAACAUAUUGCUCACUUUUGGGAACUGGGUGGAGGAACCUCUUUAUUGGACUUAAUCACCAUACCAAUCACAAGUGACACCUUACGGACAUUUUCUGUUGUUCUUGUUUUGGACCUUUCAAAACCUAAUGACCUGUGGCCUACCAUGGAAAGUCUGUUGCACGUCACAAAAAGCCACGUAGAUAAAGUGAUAAUGAAACUGGGAAAGACAAACUCUAAAGCAGCUUCUGAAAUGAGACAGAAGAUAUGGAGUAAUCUGCAGAAGGACCAUCCAGAUCGUGAAUUGAUUGACCCAUUUCCAAUACCCCUGGUUAUAAUUGGAAGUAAAUACGAUAUUUUUCAGGAUUUUGACUCUGAGAAGAGAAAGAUAAUAUGCAAGACACUUCGAUUCGUUGCACAUUAUUAUGGAGCAUCAUUGAUGUUUACCAGUAAAUCAGAAGCUUUAUUACUAAAAAUACGUGGAGUCAUCAACCAGUUGGCAUUUGGCAUUGACAAAGGCAAAUCAAUGUGUGUGGAUCAGAAUAAACCACUGUUUAUCACAGCAGGAUUGGAUUCUUUAAGUCAAAUAGGAUCCCCUCCCGUUCCUGAUAAUGAUAUUGGAAAGCUUAAUGCCCAUUCACCAAUGGAGCUGUGGAAAAAAGUGUAUGAAAAGCUCUUUCCACCAAAGAGUCUCCACACGCUAAAAGAUAUCAAAGACCCUGCACGAGACCCUCAGUAUGCUGAAGCUGAAGUUGACGAGAUGAGAAUUCAGAAGGACCAGGAACUUGAACAGUACAAAAGAAGUUCUGCCAAGUCUUGGAAACAAAUUGAAUUUGAUUCUUGAACCUAAUUAUUGUGUAUUUAUUUCUUCUUUCCCAAAUGCAAGUAAGGUUGUUUUAUUAACUAUCACGUAGUAUGCGAAGAAGGUUAAGACGUGCAGUUAGUUAAAAAGAAAUGCUGAGUUUCUUGUGCCAGUGCAACUCCCUGGAUAAUUCAGUCUUUUAAAAGGGAAACAAUUGUGUAACUACAUGAAAGAAAAUUUUUUUAAUAAGAGCAUCUUCUCCUAACUACCUUUAACGUGCUUAAGUCAUGUAUACUCAGUUCAGUGUUUCUAAGUUUCUGCUUACAAGUUUUUUAGGAGUAUGAAGGCAAGAGUAUUUGCUGUUUUGAAUGUAAGGUUAAAUGUUCAUAUUAGCCACAUCCUUUGGUAAGGGGUCUCAGCUGUGGCUGUCAGGAAACCUUAGAAGUGUUCAUUUUCACAGGUUUAUUCUAACACUGAGGCACAAGGAGCACCUGAAGUACUUAGUUAAAAUGCACAUUUCUGGGUCCCCACACCCAGAGAUUCUGAAUCAGCAGGUCUGGAAUGGGACUCAAUAAUCUGCAUUUUCAAGCGGCACACCCAGUGAUCCUGACACACUGAAAGUACCACUUUUUGAAGAACGGGCAAAUCCAAGGAGAUAUUCUGUCAAGAAGCAGGCCAAAACUUCCUGAGUUGGUGAUUACAUGGAUCAGUCUCUAAGAUAGCAUACCUUAAAGAAGGCUUCCAUUGCUAUGGAUACAUUUGUGUACCUGCUAAAUGUUGCCAUCAAGUCGAUUCCGACUCAUAGCGACCCUGUAGGACAGAGUAGAACUGCCCCACAGGGUUUCCAAGGAGCACCUGGUGGAUUCGAACUGCUGACCUUUUGGUUAGCAGCCAUAACUCUUAACUGCUACGCCACCAGGGUUUCCUUUGUACCCACUAGCCAGUUCCAUUUUGAGUAAGUGUAAUUACUGUCACUAACCAGGAAAGUCAUUGACUCUGUGUACUUCAUUUUACAUAUAAGAUAUGUUAGAGUGUUGGUUUUAAAUUUGACCAAGCAAAAAUGCUUUAGUGUGAAUUAACUAAAAAUGUACUGCCAUCUACUUUUGCAAUUUUUGUGGGCUGUAACAUUAUAUGUGCCUGGCAAUUCCUGGUAGUUUUGUUUUCUUUUUUUUAAUUUUCUGAAAAAAAAAAAGCAUAAUCUCAUUGAAACAUGUAUGUUGGACACAAGACUAUCACUUCAUUGUUCAGUUAUGAUUUCUUACAGGGUUACAUGUUAGUAAAUCUAGGUAACGAUGAAAUGCAUCAUAGGGUUAUUUUGUGAUUGUAUGUAAAAGUUCAUAUUAUUAUUAAAAUGCACUAUAAGAAGGCUAUUUAUGAUCCAUCUUUGUCAAUUCUUAACCAGCAGCAUGUUGAUUAAUAAUAGUAAUAUUUCUCAAAAUAAUUUUUAUUUUUCCAGCAAUUUGAGCUUCCAUAAAGAUUAUAGCCUAGGAAAUACUAUGAGGCAGUUUUACUCUGUCCUAUGGCGUAAACCUUGGUGACAUAGUGGUUAAGUGCUGUGGCUGCUAGGAAAAAAGGUCUGCAGUUCGAAUCCACCAGGUGCUCCUUAGAAACCCUAGGGGGCAGUUCCACCCUGUCCCCUAGAGUCACUGUGAGUUAGAAUUGACUUGACGGCAGUGGGUUUGGUUUUAGGUUUAUAGUGUUGCUGUGACUCAGAAUCGACUCAAGGGCAAUGGGUUUUGGGUUAUGAACAACAUAAUCAAACUUAAAUUAGCACUUAUAGUCGCUUCCUCUUUUUUCCUCUUUCUUAGAUAAGCAUUACUUAUGAGCAAACAAGUUAGAUGCAGAGUGAACCAAUAGCCCAAGCAAGGCCAAAGUGUCUUUGGGCCUCUCCCAACUGAUAAUGGUUAAGCACGGGGGCAGCCACAGGCCAUGCAGCCAAGUGGCUGAGAUUAAACUAAAGAGAGCCAAAGCUGUUACCAGCCAGAUUGCUAAAGAUCAAAGAACCAUACAUAAAACUGUCAAAAAAUAACAUUAGUGGGAAAACCACCCACUACUUCCAGGGGAUGAACUAUCCAGCAUCACUGCACUGUAAAGCACAGUUGGACAUUUGCUGAUGUUCUGUUUUAGUUGGAGCCAAGGAGAAUGGUAAGGCAGCUGUUCUGAUGACGUAGAGCAUGAGUUGCAGAAGCAAGGUAGUCAGGGCCGGAUGGCACUCUUUAUACACAUGUGUAAUACACAGAGAGCUGAAGAAGUGCCCCCAUCAUUAACUUUACUUGUUCAGUAGCUGAGUGCCUGCUGUAAGUACCGAGCAUCGAAUUAUAUGAGUGAUACAAAGCUAACACCAAUCUCAGGCCUAAGUAACGUCACAGAAACAAAUACCAUAUUUUAUGCAAAUGACGUGUGCCUUCUACGUUUGUUUGCCAACCGCUCCCUCUCCCCACCCCGACAAGAUAUUUUCAUAAACGUCAUCAUGCUUUUUUUUUUUUUUUGCUUUUUUUCCAGAUAGCCACAUCACUAGCUCCCUCACUUUCUUCAGGUGUUUACUUAAAGGCCACUUCUCAGUGGACUCUUCCUGAAAACUCUAAAUGAAAUUCCAACCCCCACCUCCUACUUUUCAUAUUUUUCCCCAUUUUCUUUCUUUUUUUUUAAUUUUGAAUUUUUUAACCU